AUCGUUUAUGACAAGACCUGUACUCUCUUCUUUAGUGGAGUUUUAUUUAAGUGGCAGUCGCUCUUCUAAGACAUUUAAACCAAAGAAGAACAUCCCAGAGGGUUCUCACCAAUAUGAGCUCUUGAAACAUGCGGAAGCCACUCUUGGCAGUGGCAACCUCAGGAUGGCUGUCAUGCUUCCGGAGGGAGAAGAUCUGAAUGAGUGGGUUGCUGUGAACACUGUGGAUUUCUUCAAUCAGAUCAACAUGCUUUAUGGGACCAUCACAGACUUCUGUACAGAAGAGAGCUGUCCAGUCAUGUCAGCUGGACCAAAGUAUGAAUAUCAUUGGGCAGAUGGAACAAACAUAAAGAAACCUAUUAAGUGCUCUGCACCGAAGUAUAUUGAUUACCUGAUGACCUGGGUCCAGGAUCAGUUGGAUGAUGAGACAUUAUUCCCAUCAAAAAUUGGUGUUCCAUUCCCAAAGAACUUCAUGUCUGUGGCAAAAACCAUCCUUAAGCGUCUCUUUAGGGUCUAUGCGCACAUUUAUCACCAGCACUUUGACCCUGUGAUCCAGCUUCAGGAGGAAGCGCAUCUCAAUACAUCUUUCAAGCACUUUAUAUUUUUUGUCCAGGAGUUCAACCUUAUUGAUAGAAGAGAACUUGCACCACUCCAAGAACUGAUUGAAAAACUCACCUCAAAGGAUAGAUAAAAGAAUGUAGAGCUAUGCAAACUGUUCCUCAAAUGAAGCUGUGGAGUGUAUUUGGGGGUUUUGCCAUAUUUUAUCUGGGUUGUUUUGUCUUGGGUUUGCUUGGGUUCCCUUUUCUUUAUUUUGAAUAUCUGAAAAUAUACCCUAUUGGUAGAGGAAGCCAAGAACCAUUCCCUCCAUUGGAAAGGGGGUAAGUUUUGUCUUAGUGGUACGCAGUAUUUUUUUUUAACAUGAUUUUGGUUGAGCAGUUUUAAUAAGACCAUGUGCUGGAAGAAGCUGCUUGCUGAUGGAUGGGAUUCUGUGUUGUGUAAAUUGUGGCACAUUGUGAAGUCCCCAGGAGACUUAUGUUUUAAAGUGCCUUGGCAGGUUCACUUCUGAGAUGCAAAGCACAGACAAAACUGAACAAGGCUUGAAACAAUAUUAGGAUUACUACCCAGGGCACUUACUGGUGCAUGCUGUAAAAUAAUCUAUGAUAAAAGCCAUAGUUUACCUGAAUUGGUGUUCUCCAGCUUUUACUACAUUAAAGAAACAUAAUUUGUAAAGGUGUGCAUGUAGAACAUAAAAAAUUAGUAUUUCUUAAUUAUUUUUGAUAUCGACAGUAAUAUAUUCUCUUCAACAAAUGCUUAAAAGUUCUAUACCAGGUCUUUUUCCAUCUCUUAAUAUCUGUGAUAUUGAAACUUGAGGAUAUUAAAAUAUAAUCCAUAUUGCCUUUUGGCUUCUUUCUACAUGUUAAUUGCACUGUGGUGUCUUUCUACAUGUUACUACACUGUGGGUGAAAAACUUCAGGUUAUAUAUAGGAUUGCCAUCUUCAGAGGUGAUGCUGAACUGUGAGGUUUCUUAGCAAUUGCCAAAUGAGCCAUAAGUCUGCAGAAUAACCACCUACUUUGAAGAGUAGGGGAUAGAGUGUUUGGUAAGGGAAAGGGAUUAAUCUUUAUAUUGGGAGUUAGGGAUGGAAUUAAAUAUGGGGAAUUAAGUUCUAGAAAGUUCUGUCUUAAAACCUUUCAGUGGAAUGAUGUUAAGAUUUUAAUCAAUUAUAAACAGAUCUUAGAGACUUCCUUUUAGGAAUCAACUUCCAUGAGAAGUUCAGAAUACAUUAUUGAUUUUAGGUAAAGACACUAAGCAUGGAUUUAAGGACUGUUUGGGAAAACUGAUUGCCUUCUUAGCAUUUCCAUUCAGUGAAUGGAGCUGGUAUUUCCUGUCAUUUUAAAAUGAUAUAUAGUACUUUUUUUUGCAUAUUACAGGCCCAGUUUGAAGUAUUCUGACUUCUGAUUUUCCAUUGUGAAAGGAAUCAUUUUCUUUAGAGUGAUAUCAGACAAUGAAAAUGCUAAUUCAGUAGUUAAAAUUUUAGUUGCCAGAACUUUCUAGUGGAUUACUACUACCAAUAAUAGCAAGUUCAGAAAAUUAGUUUUUAAAAUAGAUGAUAAGUUUUUCACUUCAGUUUUGUUCUUGAGAAAUACUCUUUGGACUUCCAAAUUUAGUUUUAUCAUUUUUGGUAAAUCUGCUUUCUUCAGUUAGAAAUAUAUAACCUUCCUCCAGUUAGAAACAUUUGCUUGUAGAAUAGAGGUGCUUGCUCUGAAUAGAUUACAAAUGCUUAGGAUAAAAGAAAGUAAGUUUGUUUUUGUCAUUAACAAGUAGAGUAGUGAUACACUUUAAUACUUUUAGUAGUCCAGAUCACUAGGAACUGCCUUUUUCUCCAUUCAUUUCUAGCAGUUAACGCACUAAGUACCAACAGUAGGAGUAACGGAGAGCCCGACAGAGGCAAGUAUACUUACUGAGGCUCACUAGUAAUGUUUAUUUAUAUGUAGCAACAAAAGCUAGCUGAUUUUCUUAAAACAAACCUUUUAGAACACAGAAUAGAUAAUAGCAACCACCAUGAGCUGGUUCAGAAAUAAAAUUUGGUGUCAUGAUUUUUUAAGUCCUACCUAUACGAGGAAAUAAAACAUAAUUCCUCAAAUAGUCUUCCAUAUUGAAUGAUUUCCUGUCAGCCUAGGAACAAAAGGAUUGCAAUAGCCAAAUACAGAGAAAAUAGGAAGAAUUACUCUUACUCAUUUAUUGUAUACUGUAGAAAUGGGAAAAUAUUUCCACAAAUUAAAUUUGAUAGUAGGAUUUACUUUGCUACUAUCAAAUAGUAGGAAAUAUUUGUUUUUACUCUGCCGGAAUCUCAGGUGCCUGUUUCUGAGUGUUCGUUUAUUCAGUUACUGAGAAGGAAGGAUACACGUAUGUUUGUAUGUGGCAACAAAGUAUAGACAUUUUCCCCGGGAGACACCUGGUGUGGUACAUGGUGUGAGGUUGCUGCAAGUAAGGAAAUACUCGCUAGAGCAGAAGAGAAAGAGCUGACUUAAUUAAGUUGCUUUGCUUUGGUUGGUUCCUACAUGUAAGAUGCCCUUUACAAAGUAAGGAUCAAAGCUUGAUUUUAAAGCAGAGCUUGCUUAUAAAUGUCUAUUUAGAUUCUUUUCAGAUCUCUAUUUAAUUUAUAAAUAACCAGGUAAAUUAUUUUCCCCUUGUUCUUUAUACAGAGUUAUAAAGCAGAAGUUUUUUAUUCUUUUUGAUUACAGGAUCCCAUAAAAUGUAAAGUAGUGAGUUGACAAGGUAUUAUUGGCACUCAUAACAACUUUGGUGAAAUGUUAACGUGAUGCAGGUUUGAGGAGUUAUUUUAAAUGAUGGACUAGUGGUGGUGGAGAAAAAAUAAUACCAGAAAGAGUGAAAUUUUAAAAAUUAGCUACAGUAGAUGGUGCUCAUGGCUUUCAUUUGCUGACUUCCAUUUCCCAUAAAGCCAUGGCAGUAGAGCACACUAAAACAGUUAAGCAUGUAUUAGUUAGCUGGUGGCUUUGGAGGAUAAUUUACCUGAAAAUUUACUUCUCUCUACUUUACCUGUUAGUCAUUUGUAAAUUCUAAAUGGUCAGCAUAAAAUAUAUUAGAUAGAA